AUGGCAGAGAAAGCUAUCCAGAAGGCCUUGUGGGGUCAUUUACUUGAUGACAAAUGCCUGCACAGCCAGUUAAUAGCCGAAAUGACCAAUUCAUAUACAAUUAUAACUGAUCCGCACGUGAAUAUAUUGUCCACGUUUUCAGUGUCAGACUACCACUCGGUUGUCGUGCAUCUCUUGAACGGAACAGAACCUUCCGAGGUCGACGUCAGGCAGUUCCGGGAGCGGCCGCCAACACUGCAGUACCGAGUGUCUCUCGGCAACGAAACGUUCGCGAUCUCUCUGCGAAAGAAUACGAACAUGAUGUCAUCGGGCUGCAUCAUCCGUCACGUAAACGGCAGCGGCCACUCCACGGUGAGCCCCUGCGUGGAGCAUGACGUCACAUGCUACUACACCGGAGCAACCAGCGCCCACAACGACUCCUGUGUGGCGGCCAGCGUCUUUGGAGGGCUGAAAGGGUUGCUCAGUUUUGGCAACACGAGCUUGUUCAUCUAUCCAAUGAAGCGGACAUCGGAUCAGACGUCAACGUCGCCCAAUCACGUGAUGUACCGUUACCAGGGUGACAAGCACGUGUGCAAGACGGAAGCACAAGGGAGGCACCAGGCCAACGGAAUGAAGACCAGGUACAUAGAGGAGGGUAUCGUGGUCGACCCUCCCAUGGCGAGAUUCCACAACGAAAACAUUCUCCAGUACGUCUUCACUGGCUUUAUCGUACAUAGAGGAGGGUAUCGUGGUCGACCCUCCCAUGGCGAGAUUCCACAACGAAAACAUUCUCCAGUACGUCUUCACUGGCUUUAUCGCGUCGCAGUUGUUCGCAGACCGGUCCUUUGGCACCUUGAUGAAACUAUUAUUGUCAGAGAUCAUUGUGUUCAACUCCCCCGAAGUGUAGACCUUGAGUGACACACCGGACGCUGAGAAGACAAAGAAAUAUGCAUGUGAUGUUAUUUAUAGAAUAUAUGACGAAGCAGCUACUUAUAGAAUGCAUUUGCAGGGGUUUGAUGUGAGUGACAGUGGACGCUGAGAAGACAAAGAAUAGUUUCUCUGCUGGCGCCUGUCCCCCGGGAUUGGUUCAGUUCCAGACUUCAUGCUACAAGAUUGAGGCCCAAGCCAAGAAGCAGUGGUCCGAUGCAAAGAAAGCAUGCGAGGCUGAACGGUCCCACUUAGCUGUAAUCAUGACAACUGAGGAAAACCAGUUUGUGAAGAAAGAACUCAUGAAGCGACAAAUAACUUAUGCUUACAUGCAGUUCUGGAUGGAUGGUAUCGAUACAGCCACAGAGGGGACAUGGGUCUGGGAAAGCACUGGAGAAUUGAUGACAAGCGAGCCGGUCGUUGGUUGAGAUGGCACUGAAUUGCGGAAAGUAAUUGACUAUAAUUUAUUGUAUUAUAUCACAAUACAUCCCGAUGUAUUAAACUCUGUGUUAAACGUACCGACAUGUGAUCUCAUAUUCAGAAUGUUUUUAGUUUAAUGUUAAUGAAGUAUUUUGAUAAUUGUGAAGUUUUAAGAAAAUUACUUCUUAAGUUUCACAGAUUACAGCAAAGUAGCAUUACAUCAUGUAACGAGAGGUCUGAAAAUAUAUAAAGUGUAUAGAUUGUG